CUCUGGAGUCUGGACUAUGGUGUAGUCUGUGAACUACUAAAUACUUAUGGUUUUCUUUUAUUUUAAUAUCUUGAAAUCACACUAAAAACUAAAUAUAAAUUUUAUCAAAUAGUAAAUACUUAUGAAACAAGUAUCAAGACCAUUGGUGCUAUUUAUAGUUUAUUAAGUGAACGUACAUGUAUAAUAAUUAAACUACGGGGUUCAAAAAUAUUAAGGAACAUAAUGAGUUUUUUAUUCGGUAGCCGGUCUAAUAAGACAUUUAAACCCAAAAAGAACAUCCCCGAGGGCACACAUCAAUAUGACUUAAUGCGACAUGCGGCCGCCACUCUAGGGUCUGGAAAUUUGCGGCUAGCUGUUAUGCUACCAGAAGGCGAGGACCUCAAUGAGUGGGUCGCAGUUAACACUGUGGAUUUUUUUAAUCAAAUAAAUAUGCUAUAUGGAACAAUAACGGAGUUCUGUACUGAAGAAUCCUGUGCAGUAAUGUCAGCGGGGCCAAAAUAUGAAUACCAUUGGGCAGAUGGUCACACUGUGAAAAAGCCCAUUAAGUGUUCUGCACCUAAGUACAUUGACUACCUCAUGACCUGGGCACAAGAUCAACUUGAUGAUGAAACAUUGUUCCCAUCUAAAAUAGGUGUGCCAUUUCCUAAGAACUUUCUGUCAAUGGCAAAAACGAUCCUGAAGCGUUUGUUUCGCGUGUACGCCCAUAUCUACCACCAGCACUUUCCACAAGUUGUGCAGCUAGGUGAAGAGGCUCAUCUUAACACUUCCUUUAAGCACUUCAUUUUCUUUGUUCAGGAAUUCAAUCUAAUUGAGCGGCGUGAGCUGGCACCCCUGCAGGAACUCAUUGAAAAGCUUACGGCCAAGGACACUCGAUGAACCCCUAAAGGACACUAAAUCAUCAACAUAACACCACCAUUUGUAACACACUUAGCAACGAAGUAUUUUUGUCACAUAAUUAUAAAUGAUUUUUUUUACAUUUAAAUAAUCUUACAAGACCUAGUUUGUCUUUGUGGUGUAAAUGACGGAUGAGGUAUCUUCAUUUACAAGUACUGUGCAAUAUGUUGCUACAGAAUAGCAAAGACUAUAAAUUAAAUUUGAAAUCAUUAUCAAAUUCUUAGGAGUAUGUGACAAAUUUUUGACCAAAAUGAUCUGAUGACUAAUUUUUGUUAUGUAUUAUAAGAUUUGAACUAAUUUUAUAUUUUUUACAUAGGAGUAUUAUGUACCAUAUGUAAAAAAAACGGUCAAUUUUGUAUAAAUCAGAUGGCUACAAUCUAUGUAAAAUUAUGAAUAAUCAAUUUUACUGUGCAAGUUUCAAUGAAGUAGAGACAUCCAGGAUGACACUGCCUUCUCUGACUAGAUUAGAAAUAGAAACCUAUUUAUAUUGAAAGAUGAUUUAGAUUUGAUACACAUAAUAAAUGUAAGACUGUUUGAAUUACUAGGCAUAGUCCAGGAACAGGUCUUAAUUAAAAUACUCAAAUAUGAAUUUUAGGUUUGUGUAGUUGAAUUGGAAUCAGCUACUAAGUACUCCUAAUUUUGACUGUUUUGUAUAUAAAAUUUGAUGAAAUUGGCAAACAUUAAUUAAUUAUUACAGAUUCUACUUUAAUGGUACUAUAAUAAAUAGAAACGAUAUAAUUUUGAUAUGAAUGAAUUCAGUCAUUUAUGGAUUGGUUUGCGCUUAAAAAAGGGCCAUACAUUAAACAAGACCAGUCAAACCCUUUUCUUACGGAUUUCGACUUGGAUUCAUUAGACGGCCCUCUAAAAGUUUGACACAUUACAAUAAUUCUCAAGACAAAAUUUAUUUGAUACUUGCUGUACAUUGUGCCUAGUAUGAAUUUGUGCAUUGGCCUCAAUAAAAACGCUUAGUUUAAGUUCCUUAUUUAUUUAUUGUAUCAGUUGUGAUCACUUGAGUGCAAUUGCAUUCGAAUUAUACUUAAUUUUUUGUAAAGAGCUAUUUAAUUAACAAAAUAAUAUCUAAGUAAAA